AACCCACCCACCACCUUGACGUACGUGAGAGUCUGUGCACAGGGGCGAGAAGAUAAUGCUCACAGACUGCGGCCUCGAUCUCCGUGCAUGAGAACCAGAUAACAACCACUGGCGUGCGAAUCCCAUUGACUUUGUUUUUAAAAAUGUCUACUGCUCUCGUACACACGCUGGAGGCGGGGCUUGUGGGCGUGGCACUUCUAGCGGUGUACACAGCUUUGACCACGCCCACUGUGGUGUGUCUGGUGACACUGACCGUCUUGUACGUCAUCUAUAGACGUGAGAGAAGGAAAGCCGCAGGAACAAUUCCUUUGACAGACAAGCAUGUUCUCAUCACUGGAUGUGAUUCGGGUUUCGGGCUGGAACUGGCACAACACCUGCAUAGGCGAGGUUGCCACGUGUUCGCCACGGUGCUGAAUCCAGACAGCCCUGGCGCCAAGAAGCUUCGUGACGUCAGCUCGCCCAAACUGUCCGUGAUGCCUCUGGACGUCAGCAAGGACGAGGACGUCAGCGCGUGUUUAAGAAGGGUCAAGGACGUGUGUGAUAGCACAGGCUUAUGGGGACUGGUAAACAACGCUGGUGUUAAUUUUCUUGGGGAUGUCGAGCUGACCACGAUGUCCCAGUAUCUGCGAGUGGCUGACGUGAACCUGUUCGGCAUGGUCCGAUGCACCAGGGCCUUCCUGCCGCUCAUCAGACAGGCCAAGGGACGCAUCGUCAACGUGACCAGCAUUAAAGGGCAGGUGCCAGGACCGUUAAAUGCCGCUUACAACAUCACUAAAUAUGGCGGUGAAACCUUUUCCGACAUUGUCCGACUGGAGAUGAAAGAGUUCGGAGUUAAGGUCGUCAUCAUUGAGCCAGGGAACUUCGGUGGCGCCACUGGUUGUCUUAAUUCUGAAGGAAUGAUUCGAAUAAAAAAAGAUUUUGAUUCAAUGUGGGAUGCUGCAUCUGACGAGGCGAAACAGUUGUUUAAAAGAGAGCAUCUUGACCGGGUCUUGGCAGAAACGGAAGCAGCUGCAGGAACUUCUUACCCGACUGUCGAGCCAGUUCUGAAUACCAUCGAGGAAGCUUUGACCUCUGGCGACCCAGAAAUACGUUACAUUAUCGAUGGAUCAAAUAGGCUUCUGGACGAUAACUGCAUGUUGGCUCGUGUGAAACCUUUUCUCCCAGAUCGAAUUUUUGACCGCUUUGUUUUAUACUUCUAUCCUUAUAAGAUUGAAAAUGACACUGAAAUAUAAUGUAAACUUUUCAUAAAAAGAUGGAAGAACUUAAUAUUGUUGAAUAUUUACCAGAAAUAUUUACAGUACUGAAACUGCUGUAUAUCUAGAAUAUUAAAAUCACUGAUGCAAUUGUAAUGAUGGGAACAUUUACAGGGCAGAUACAAUUCUGAGGAAAGGCAUUGUAUUUUCCUGAAAAUAUGAUGCAUUUAAUUUUAAAUUCCUGAAAUGUUAAGAAACAGCAUCAAAAUGGUUACAUAUGUGUAGAACAUUUUACACAGCUGUAAUUGUGUUGGAAAAAAGUAAAAUAUUGAGUAUAAGCCAAA